AUGCCUCGUGGUCAGAAGAGUAAGCUCCGUGCUCGUGACAAACGCCGCCAAAACAAAGCUGAGAACCAAGGUGUUGAGAGUGCUCAGGCCCCUGCAGGAGAGGAAGAAGAGGCCGCUUGCUCCUCCUCUUCUCUUUUGGGGGAGCCUUCCUCGAGCUCCACUGCUGCUGGCAAUCUCCAGGAGCCGCCAAGUGCCCCAGCAACCACCGGUGCCGCUGCAGGUGCUUCAUGUGAGACAGCUGCUGUAAAAGCCAAAGGCCAUGGUAGAAAAAGUCAAAAUUCAUCCCAGGCCUCAACUUCCACUGAGAGCUCUGGCCAACAUCUACUAAGUAAGAAGGCAACUAUGUUGGUAGAAUACCUGCUGUAUCGGUAUAAAAGGAAGGAGCCCAUUAAAAAGGGAGACAUGCUGAAGAUAGUCCACAAAUGGUACAGGAAGGACUUCCCUGAGAUCCUCAGGAGAGCCUCUGAGCGCAUGUAUGUGUUCUUUGGCCUGGAAUUGAAAGAAGUCGAGCCCAACGGUAACUACUACACCCUUGUCGACAAUCAAGAUAACGGCAGGGAUGGGAAUCUGAGUAGUGGCUUCAGAUUUCCUAAAAAAGGGAUUCUUAUGCCUGUCCUGGGUUUCAUCUUGUUGAAUGGCAACCGAGCCUCUGAGGAGGACACCUGGAAAUUCCUGAAUAAUUUGGGCAUCUAUGAUGGAAAAAGUCACUUAAUAUUUGGAGAACCCAGGAAGCUUAUCACUCAAGAGUUCGUUCAGGAGCAAUACCUGGUGUACCGGCAGGUGCCCAGCAGUGAUCCUCCACGCUAUGAGUUCCGGUGGGGUCCAAGAGCCCAAGCUGAGACCACCAAGAUGAAAGUCCUAGAGUUUUGGGCUGAGCUCAAUGAUACGGUCCCCACUACCUUCGCACCCCAUUAUGAAGAGGCUCUGGUAGAUGAGGAGAGAGCCGAAGCCAGAGCCAAAGCUGCACCUAAGGUUGGCACUCCUUCCAAGGCUAGUGAGCCCUCCAAGGCCACAUCCAGCCACUGCCCUCACCUUGAGUGA